AUGGCGAAGCGUGAUGUCAAGACUAUCGGCUACAUUGGCCUCGGCAAUGCAGGCUUUUCGAUGGCCAGCAACCUGCCCAAGAACGGAUACAGUCUCGUUGUCUACGACCAGGACCAGAAGAAAGUAGAAAGGGCAGUACGAGAAUGGAAGAACACCUCAUCCGGCGCAUCCUCCUCAGGAACUCUAAAGGGGCGAGCCUUCCAGGACUGCGACGUGAUCAUCACAAUGCUUCCACACGGCGGCAUCGUUCGUGAUGUACUCAUCCCACAGGGCGCAGAGUCCGGACCAGGGCUUGCAUCGGCUCUCAGAAAAGGGACUAUCGUUGUCGACACGUCCUCCUCUUCUCCCUUUGAGACACAAGCUCUCGGAAAGGAUUUAGAUCAAAGUGGAAUACAUCUCAUUGACAGUCCUAUUACGCAGACUUACAUGCACGCCACAGAUGCGGGACAGUCGACGUUGAUGGUCGGUUGCGAUGAAGAGCAACACUUCGAAACCGUCAAGCCUAUCCUUGAAUGCAUGGCCAGCUAUAUCUUCCACAUGGGCCCACUGGGCUCCGGCCACGCCAUGAAAACACUCAACAACUACAUCAUGGCCUCGUCAAUCUGUGCACUCUCAGACUCAUUGGUGACGGGCCAGAAAUUCGGCCUUGACCCGCAGAAGAUGAUCGACGUGUUGAACGUCGGCACCGGCGUCAAUUUCCCCACCCUCGACACCUUUCGGCGAGAUGCGUUGACGAGAAACUUCAAUUCGGGAUUUGGACUGGCGCUGUUGGUGAAGGAUCUCGGUAUCACGCAGAAGUUCAUGGAGAAUAGUGCAUUUGAGACCAAGUUGCCAGGCCUGUUGAGGAAAUAUCUCAGCCAUUCGUUGGAUGUCAUUGGGCCGGAGAGAGCAGCUGUAGCGGACCAUACGGAGUGUAUUCGUGGGUGGGAGGAGAGAGCGGGUGGUGGCCUCACUAUUCGGAAGACGGAGAAUGUGAGUGAUAUCCCUGCGAAGGAUUUUGAGCAUCGUAGAUUGGGGUUGAAUAGGAAGUGA